AUGGUUGAUAUUCCUCAGACAAUGAAAACAGCUGUGUACGGAGUUUACAUGUUCGUUGCCGGUCUCGGCAUAUUAGGCGCUGUGAAGCUCACCGCGACUUUGGUGCAGCUUGUGGAAAGGAGGUUUUGUAGGAAGCACUGGCAAACUUGGCAUGGCCUAGGUCGAAUUUCUAGAGAAUCAUAUGGUGUGCCGGCUCACAGACGCCACUAUCAUUGUCGUUAUAGAUACAGCGUGCAGGCCCACGAAAUCCCAAACGUAUCAUCAUCACAUUUGCAGCGCUCUGCACGUUUACUAGCCAAACCCGGAACCGGUACUCUUUCUUCACUCCAUCUCCGUCGCUCAGUUCUUCGUGAGAAGACUAGAGCCAAACGAAAUCCAAUAUUGUCUCCACAAGUGUUGCUCCUCCACUAUAAAUUCGAUCUUUGCCUGAACUUAGACAAGUCACGUCGAUUACUAUGCAUUUCGCGCACACGAAGAUAA